AAUUGUUUCAGUGUUGUGUAGGUGAUUACCGUGAUUGAAAGAACCAAUGAAAUCUUUAGGGAAUGUGGUGGGCGGAGUUAGUGCUUUAACUGUGUUAAAAAGGUGAGGAAUAUUCACUUGAUCCUACAGGACUGGUGCAGACUCCAGGUGCAGCAGCUGAAAUCUGACACAUACUAUAGUAAAGAUGGAGUUUAUUAAAGAGGAGAUUGAGGACAUGAGUGUUUCAGAAACAUCCAGAAUAAAACAUGAAGAUACUGAAGAACAAACAGACUGGAUGGAAGUAAAACAUCAAAGACAUGAGGUGAAUGAAGUGGAGGAGGAAACUUCAAGAAAAAAAGCCAAACAGCUUCACACCUGCUCACAGUGUGGAAAGAGUUUCAGCGAAAAAGGAGUCCUUAAGACGCACAUGAGAAUCCACACUGGAGAGAAACCAUACACAUGCGCUCAGUGUGGAAAGAGUUUUGUUUAUGCAUCAGGUUUCAGUUAUCAUCUGCACAUUCACUCUGGAGAAAAGCCAUUUAACUGUGAUCAGUGUGGUAAAAAGUUUAUUUUAUCAUCAAGUCUAAAAACACACCUGACAGUUCAUUCAGAUGAGAAGCCUCAUGUGUGUUCUUUGUGUGGAAAGAGUUUUUCACGGCUGGACAGUUACAAACUGCACCAGAAAACACAUAAUGAAGUGAGAGAUCACAUGUCAUUUUUUCUUGGGGUGAGCUUUAUUACAGCUGAUCAUCUGAAACAGCACCAAAGGAUUCAUACUGGAGAAAAACCUUACAAGUGCUCAUAUUGUGAGAAGAGAUUCACUCAGUCUGUAAAUCUGAAAAGGCAUGAGCGAGUUCAUACUGGAGAGAAACCGUACUACUGUACUCAGGGUGGAGAGAGUUUUACUCAGUCAGUGACUCUUGUGACUCAUAUUAAAAAGCAUUUUUCUGUGAGCAAAUGUUUUCUACAGAGUCAGUAUUUCAAAUAA